CGCCAUCGCAUUGUUACACACUGCGUGCGCCUCUCCCCACCCCCUCGACUCGGUCGCCCCUCUUCGCCAUCGCAAACUACGCCGCGCGGGGCACCCACAUCCAUUGGCGCAAAGAGAGAGAGAGAGAGAGAGAGAAAGAGAAAUUCACCAUGUCGACGCAACACAGCGCCGAUGGUGUCGCACUGACACCGCCGCCAUCGACCCAGGUGCCGCCAUCGAAUCGCAGCAAGACAAGGACGCCUACACCUCCAGUGUCGCAUAUCUCCACGCCGCCGCCAACUGGAGAGCUGCCGGAACUCAGUCAGACGAGUAGUCGAUUGGGAGGCUUCGCAUCGGACAUGUCAGAGAUGGAGCUGGUCAAAGCCACGCCAGAAGAGCUGAGAACCAAGGUCACGGAGCUAUAUGCGGUGGUGCAGGAAGUCAAGAUGUCCGCCGCGCACCACAAGCUGCAGUACCAGAUGCUGGCGCAGUCCAGCGCCGCGCAGAUGGAGCGCAUGUCUGUCGAGGCGCGCAUGGCACAGUCAGAAAACGAGGUCAUUCAUGUGGCAGAUCAAGCGCGACUCGCUGCUACGCCGACGACGGAAGAUGGCUUCAUCCCCAUACACAAAGGCCUCUACCAGCACAUGUGCCGCGACAUCCAGCUACUGCGAGACGCAAACGUGAAGCUGGAAAGUGAGAACAAGAAACAGCGCGCUAUACUCCUGCAACAGGAGCAGGAGAUUGCUAGCCUGACCGACAAGGCAGCCCUGAUGGCCGAGCGCAUUCGCGCCAACAGAGAGUCGCUGCAGAAGUACCGCCGAUCGCAACUCUCGUCACAUGUUGAGCAGCAGAAUACCCGAUCACCAUACGGCGCUUCGCAUCGUGCUGCUCCAUUGAGCCGGGCACAUUCCCAGUCGCAACCCUUUGCUGCGCUGUUGCAAGCCUCUGAGAUGGCCAGCCAGGAAUCGGCGCGGGCGGUGAAGAAGGGUCACACGCGGAACACUCACAGCAUGUCGAGCUUGCCAGCAACACCCCAGCGCACGCAAGGCCUUCGACACCCGCCACCGUUCCAGACCCCACGAACUCAGCAUCAAGCACUGCAAGUGCCGGCUACUGCGCCUCAGCAGAGGACAAAUGCCAUGCGCACGCCCGACGUGUAUAGGCAGCCUUCCAUUCCUCUCCCGCCACGAUCACCGCAGUCUGAUGGCACUGUCUCUGCCUCUGACGAUGACGCUGGUGGCAGCGAGGCAGAGACCGAAAUCAUUGACGACGACGAGGUGCCCGAGUCACAGGCUUCCAUGAUAGCCUCUCAAAUGUUACGGACAAGCCAGGAAGACAUGGAAGAGAAGCGAGAGAGCUUGGCAGGCCGUGGUAUGUUGGACUCGAGCAGUAACUUGCGACAGACCAAGCUAUUGGGAGCAAUCCGAAAGCCAAAUGUACGACGAGGUGAAGAUGGACCUCCCGCCAAGAGAGCUCGAACCUCACCUAGCAUUGGACUUGGUAUUUCUACUGCGAGGGAUUAGUGGUCUCGGCCGAUGAGGUGGAGGCUGUGAAUCGCUCUUGUGGUGAUGAUUCUGCCAAGGCGAAAAGUUGAGGACGGGAGACUUCCAGGCAGCAAUUGAGGUACGCCGCCUCGUUGACGUGACGGUCAUUACUGCGGUGGAUCAGCACACGGGCAUGAGAUUUGGUACCUACCUGCUAUUGUGGAAGAAUUGGACAAUUGAAAGAUAUCCAUCAGUGGAUACCGACAAUGCCCUCGCGCAACGUUCACACUCACUUGAAACACAUAAGUGGGUCCGCUGGCAAUGCAGCUAUUGUUGAGUAUUGUCGACAAUACCAUAGAGAAAAACAAAAGCUCACCUCACCUGCGCCAAUGCCCGUAAUGCAUCUCUCACAUCGUGCUCUUCUUCCUUCUUCCUUCUUCGUUUCACCCACUUUCCAUUCAGAUUCGA